CUUUCCCGUCCAUUUCAUGGCUGCUUAUGCAACUCGAACUUUAAGUUCCGAAGGUCAGAGUCUUUUUUAAAUUGAAAACACAUAAAAAUGAAAAUCUGGACAUCUGAGCACACGUUUCAACAUCCAUGGGAAACCGUGACCCAAGCCGCAUGGAGAAAAUAUCCAAAUCCAAUGAACCCCGCCGUGGAGGCCAUCGAUAUUGUGGAUCGCAGCAUUAGCAAUGGUGUACUGAAGACGCAUCGUCUUAUAAGUUCUAAAUGGGGAUUGCCAUCUUGGGCAUCUCGACUGUUGGGAGCAGACAAAACUUGCUAUGCCAGUGAACAUUCUGAAGUUAACCCGACCAAUAAAACCAUGACGCUUAUGACGAAGAAUCUGACGUUCUGCAAUGAAGUUUCUGUCGUAGAAAAACUGACGUACAGUCCGCAUCCAUCUAAGGAAGAUUGCACUCUGCUUAAACAAGAAGCGGUCGUCACUAUUAGAAAUGUGCCUUUAAGCAGUUAUAUCGAAGAUUAUCUAGCCAAAACUAUAUCGAAUAACGCAAAUAAAGGUCGUCAAGCAAUGGAAUGGGUCAUUGGUAAAAUCAACGAUGAAGUACACGGGUUAACGCAGAAAACAGUCAAAGGCAUGGAUGAACUGACGGUGACUGCCAAGAAAAGUAUAUCUGUUGUUGAGGAUUUGACUUCUUCUGCAAAGAAUGAUUUCAAUCACUUCGCUGAAGAAACGUUGCCAAAUCUUCAUUUCGAAAAAUGAUGAUCACUUUCUCUAGGAAUAAAUUGCCCUCAACCUCAGUGAUUUUAAAAUUUAUUUAGAAGGAACUGCUUAGGAAUUGAAAAAUAAUUUGUAAUACUAAAAGUGUGGAUCUACUUGAAAUUUUAGUUUGCUAUUGUUAGAUCUCAGGGAAUAGAGACCUGAAGUUGUUUUUAAAAUGGUCAGUUGAACUGAAAUAAUUUUCAUUGUCCAAUUGAAUCUUUUACAGUUCUUAUAAAGUUGAACUAAAAUUUUGAUAUGGAUUUCAUGCACUUUAAAAAGCAUUUAUAGGGUUCACAAAUUUCAGUAUUUAUUUAUUAUAAAAUUAAAGCAGUGAUGUAGUCGGUGUUAAAAAUGAGAAUUUAAAUGUAUACAUUAUGAUAAUGCUUUGGACAUAUUUCUAGGUGUCAAAAUGACCAACUUGGGUGUCUUUUUAAUCAAAUAUAUAUGAAUCCCAGUGCGUGUCUUUAGUUCUAUUUGAUUUUUUUUUUUUUUUUUGUAACCUCUUAAGCUGAAGUGUUAAAAGUCAUCAAAAUUGCUGCCUAAAUUUUUCAUUUUAACACCUAGAAAACUUAUUUUAUGUGCCCUGAUGACACCUCGAUAUAAAUUUUUAUUUCCAACACUAAUAUAAUUUGAGUAACUGUCAGAAAAAUACUCCUAAAAGUUUAGACAAAAAGAUAUAUUUUCUUAACUGCUUCACAUGGAGUAAUUUUUACAGACAUAAUGUUAACAACAUUCAAAUAUUGUGUUCGUAACGUGACUCUAUCAUUUGAGGGGGAAGAAGCUGGCUUUGAGAAAGAUAUUCAAUUUGUACAUGUGUAUGUUCAUUGGUGUUUUUUAAUGAUAAAUUUGGAAGAUGCACCCUUUGCACCUUCAAAAGCAUUUGAAGUGUCAAUCUUAGAAAAAUUCUCUCUCUCCCC